AUGGAUACCGAAACGCUAGAAAUGGUAAAACUAGUCGAUAUUACUGUCUUUGUCGUGCAUAGUGUGUUUCUUGUCUGUUGCACGACAUUGUCUUUAUAAGUCAUAAGUCGCACACUAUUGUCUUUAUUUGCUGAUGUGGAGAUUUACUCCUUUUUUAAUUAAUAAAUAUUACGAGGUUCAACACAACAACUAUUAUUCUUUUUAAUUUAUGUACAAUGAUAUAAUCUCCCGAGUGCUUGCUUUGACGAUCUUUUUACAACUGGAACUGUAAUAUAUUUAUUAUUAUUUUUUCUUCUAUCUUCUUUUGCUGUCGCGGCUGUUCCGCUCAUUUGAAAAGUACGCGCGCCGCUACAUCGACAAAGUCGGUACUACCAUCUAUCAGGCACAAUUAGAAGUAAAGUCUAUUACCGACAGUGAUUGUAAGAACGAUGAUCGAUAAUAAAUAAAGUCACUGUACUACGUAAAGGAAAAUUUUAUAAUUUAUUUUAACGUUUACAUGAUACAGAAUUUAAUGGAUGAAUUAAAACUGACGACUAUUUAUUAAUUUCUUAUUUACUAUUAUAUAUAUUCUCGGCAAUUUGUUUGUAACAUGGUAACCAAUAAUUUAUUGUAUUUCCAUGGUAACUUUUUAUAAGACUAAAUAGAUGUCGCUACAUGAUCUGUAUAUGCUGCCAUCUACUGAAUUUUUCCUUUUUAUCAUUUUAGUUUCUGCAGAAUUUAAAAGGUGUACAGGUGGCAGCAUCAUCGACAGACAAGGAAAGCACUAAUAUGCAACAAAGACAGAGAUAUCGAUUAAUUUCAGCGCCACAUGACGCGAACCACUAUUCCAGAGUUCAUAAAUUGAUCAAAUUUUCAUUUACAAAACAAACUAAUUAA